AUGGCUCCAGCACCUUUGCUGUCUUUUAUCUUUGGCUUAGCAGGACUCCUCAGGGUCACCAAUGGAUACAACUUUGCUAUUGCAGAAUCAUACACCGUAAUCGACCAUGCAGGCGGCGUUUCUGAAACUCAAGACCUCAUAUUCAUAUCUGAUGGUUCUGAAUCUCCGGGUUGCUGUCAGUGGGAAAAGUCCUCAAGCCUUAGCGGAUAUCCGAUUCUGGACAACUCUUUUGGAGCUUAUGCAUGCGGAGUUGAUAUUAACUUCUAUAAGAGCGGGAACGACUUCGUCUACUACAAAAACAAUGGUGACGGCACUGAGUUAGGCAGAUGUACAUCCAACAACGCACCUAGUGGUCAGGUUACCGCAUCUUGCCUGGGCUUCGGAUCUGUGCAGACCAUUUAUAUCCAAUACUCUUGCACAAAUUACAACCAGGAUGUGAAUGGCAUCAACCCUUGCACACCUGCUCAACCGAUGAACACGAACUGCUCGUAG